GGCCUGGGAAGACGGAAGCCUUCAGCCUAGGAGUGGCGGUAGAACCCGGAUCCCGGAAUUCCACGUUCUUCGGAGCGGGGCUUCUGGAGACGGCGGGUGGGAAAACCCGGCGCCCGGAAGCCUUUGCUUUCUUUGACGCAAGGGCUCGGGACGCAGCCGCCGUCGGCCGAGCGCCCGGCGAGGAGCGACCCCAGACGGAGCCUUCGGAGCCCCUCCGCCCUCGCGUCUCCAAGUCCCUGAGCCUCCGUCUUCCUCGCCGCCCUACUCGUGGCCAUGGAGUGUCCGCACCUCAGCUCCAGCGUCUGCAUCGCUCCGGACUCAGCCAAGUUCCCCAACGGCUCCCCGUCGUCCUGGUGUUGCAGCGUGUGCCGCUCCAACAAAAGCCCCUGGGUCUGUUUGACUUGUUCAAGUGUCCACUGUGGAAGGUAUGUGAAUGGCCAUGCAAAAAAACAUUAUGAAGAUGCACAAGUACCCUUAACUAAUCAUAAGAAAUCAGAAAAGCAAGAUAAACCUCAGCAUACAGUGUGUAUGGAUUGCAGUAGCUACAGUACCUACUGUUAUCGCUGUGAUGAUUUUGUGGUUAAUGACACCAAGCUGGGACUGGUACAGAAAGUCAGAGAACACUUACAGAACUUGGAAAACUCGGCUUUCACAGCUGACAGGCAUAGGAAAAGAAAACUUUUGGAAAACUCAUCACUAAACAGCAAGUUAUUAAAAGUAAAUGGAAGCACCACUGCCAUCUGUGCCACAGGCCUCCGGAAUCUGGGGAACACAUGUUUCAUGAAUGCCAUCCUUCAGUCGCUCAGUAACAUUGAGCAGUUUUGCUGUUAUUUCAAAGAACUGCCCGCUGUGGAGUUAAGGAAUGGGAAAACAGCAGGAAGGCGAACAUACCACACCAGGAGCCAAGGGGAUAACAAUGUGUCUUUGGUGGAAGAGUUUAGAAAGACACUCUGUGCUUUAUGGCAAGGUAGCCAGACUGCAUUUAGCCCAGAGUCCUUAUUUUAUGUUGUUUGGAAGAUUAUGCCAAAUUUUAGGGGUUAUCAGCAACAGGAUGCCCAUGAAUUUAUGCGCUACCUUUUGGACCACCUGCACUUGGAACUCCAGGGCGGUUUCAAUGGGGUUUCCCGCUCAGCAAUUCUACAGGAGAAUUCUACUCUAUCUGCAAGUAACAAAUGUUGCAUGAAAGGGAUUUACAAGAUAAACUCCCCAAAGACAGAAAGAAAAGAAAAUGGAGCAUCUACGGUUGUCACAGCUAUAUUCGGAGGUAUUCUCCAAAAUGAGGUUAACUGCCUCAUAUGUGGGACAGAAUCUAGAAAGUUUGAUCCAUUCCUAGACCUUUCAUUAGAUAUUCCAAGUCAGUUCAGAAAUAAGCGCUCUAAGAAUCAAGAAAAUGGACCUGUUUGUUCAUUACGAGAUUGUCUUCGCAGUUUCACGGACUUAGAAGAACUUGAUGAGACAGAGUUAUAUAUGUGCCACAAAUGCAAAAAGAAACAAAAAUCCACUAAAAAGUUUUGGAUUCAAAAACUCCCCAAGGUGCUAUGCUUACAUUUGAAACGAUUUCAUUGGACUGCAUAUUUAAGAAACAAAGUUGAUACCUAUGUAGAAUUUCCCCUGAGAGGCCUGGACAUGAAAUGCUACUUGCUAGAGCCUGAGAACAGAGGCCCCGAGCACUGCCUGUACGACCUUGCCGCUGUGGUGGUGCACCAUGGUUCCGGGGUCGGUUCUGGACAUUACACAGCCUAUGCAACUCAUGAAGGUCGCUGGUUCCAUUUCAAUGACAGUACUGUAACACUGACUGAUGAAGACACCGUUGUGAAAGCAAAGGCCUACAUCCUUUUCUAUGUGGAACGCCAGGCCAAAGCUGGAUCAGAUAAACUUUAAUACCUCCUUUAAAUCAUUAUUUGUCAACUAUACCGGACAAACAUUUCCAAUUUUCCGUAAAUACUUGAUCCAAGAUUUAAUUUCAUUAUGCACUUUUCAAUUUCCUAUUUUGGGUUUAGUUUUAUUUUGUCAGUGGUAGUGACGUAUUGAACAUGGGCACCAACUAAUUUGUUUUUUUAGUUCUACCAGAAAACCUCAGCAGAUAUUUUGAUUUGCUGCUUUAGUUGUAAUAAUUCAGUUUUUAUAUGUAGUUUCAAGAACUUAGUUCUAUUUGACUUUUUUUUAUAUUACUGUUUCCAGUUCUCACUUUGAGGCACAUUUACAUCAAUGCUUUGUUACUCUCGCAUGCUGCAAGCAAGAGGUGUUCCGGAUUGUGAAGAGAGCCUAACGGUCUGCUGCCCUUCACAGCGGUCACGGAGACCAGGUUGACUGGAAAUCCACCCCCCAGGAUCAUGUGUGCACAUCAUUUGUGGCCCACAGGAUUUCGCUGCUCAGUAAUCGUUCCUUCUGAUUGUAAAAGAGAAGUGGGAGGGCAUCAUUAAGCAGGCCAGGUAACUGCUGCUCUGGGUGGCUCUCCAGGCUGCUGUUCAUCAGCACUAACUAAAUAAAUGUGUUGGUUCAGUCGUGCCUGCACUGCAAAUUCAAGAGUUACUCCUUUUGAGUUUUUCUGUUUUGUUCUGGGGAUAUUUUUUGCUUGUGUGUUUGUGCUCAUGGAGCUAGGAGUACAGAAAAGUCCAAAGACGACCAAACACAUUGAGUGUUUAAAAAUCUCAGACUCCGCUACACGGUGUAGAGGUUAUCCAGGGAGAGGAAACCAUAGCUUCUGUUUGCCUUUCAAACCGGCAUCUAGUUCCCCCACUGGCUAUCAUGCUGGGAAUAACUACAUGGCCACUUCUGUCUUAUUUCUUGCUUGGCCAUCUGAGGUCGAGAUGCCGACCUCCAGAGUGGAUUCUGACCUUCACCUGCACUUCAGGUAACACUAUGGGGUCUGCUUCUAUAGAAGGAAAUCUGAGUCUUGCUACUUUGGUUUUUAACAACUCUCACUGGCCUAUCCUGAUAGCAGAGCAAACUGAAAAUAUCUCACUUUGAAUAGUUUCUGUUCUUGAGUUUAGUAGUCUUUGUUUCAAAAUUGUUUUCAAGAAAAAUAGGUACAAGCACUAUUAAGAUUGAACUCAAAUUGAAAUCUGGAACCAGAAUUCCAUCUAAGGAAGGUAACUGUGAUUCUGCAAGCAGUCCAGGCCAGUCUGUUGAUGGGGUGGGGGUGGCAGUACUUGCAGAUUGGAGAGAGGGAGGGAGAGCGAGCGAGCGAGCGAGAACACACACUCCCCAGUAGGCUCUAGCAUAGGGCCGUGCACUGCUGUCAGCACGUCUCUUAUUCCAGUCAGUUUCUUUUCUGUCCUCUACAAGUUGUUAGAAGGGGCAGAAUGUCUUUCAUAUUAAGCCAGUCAGCCAAAAUUUUUGGUAAUCUUGUUUCUCCUAUUAAAAAAGCCAAGUUUGUUUUUAAGUGCAUGAAUAAUCUGAUGGCUGUCCUCCUGGGUCAGAUAUUUGAAAUUGCAGGAGCAGAUGUGGCUCCAUUUCCAUUUUAAUAUUCGCUAGAUAAAUCCUGUAUUUUUCUCAGGGCAGAAAUCAGCUGCUGUUAAACACUUGAACAUGGCCUGGAACAAACUGCGGUCAUGGCUAAACCUGUACUAUCUGGUAUGGCAGUCACUGGUCACAUGUGGUUAUUGAAGUUUUAAUGAAAAUUAAGUUUAAAACCCAGUUCUUCAGUACCACUAGCUACAUUCCAAGGGCUCAGCAGCCGCUUGUGGCAGAGAAUGUUUAGGCCUAGGGCCGUGCCAUCAGUGUGUAGGGCUUUUGGACGGCGCUGGUCUGCGUUUUCACUCCGGAGAAGAGGGCUUCGCUGUCGUGGUUCGGUCUUACAACUUAGACACGGAGUCCAGAAGCUAAUUAAGAGGGAAACAUGUAUGUAAAAUAGUUGACAGUGCUAAAUUGCAUGAGGUUGAACCAUAAGAGAUUUUGGUAUUUAACCUUUUGAUCUACAAAAGUGAAAGUUGCACAUAAUUUGAUCUAUAUUAAUACAUUAACACCACAUACAAUUGAACGUGGAAUGUGCCUCUUCUUUGAUCUGUUCGGUAUCUCCUGUGAAUCCAGCCUUUUUUACUUAGAAGGCAUACAGCUGGGACUUCUAACAUUUGCACUUCCUUUGUCUCUCCGAGGGGGCCCACUGGAGGACUGCAGCAUUAUAGCCUUGGGCAGUGUGCAUAUUGGUGGAGAAAAACGGUCUUUUUAUACCAAAAGCAACUUUGUGACAGCCAGACCGCUUUGUUGGGGAAAGUGGUCCUCAGACAGGCAGCGCUGUUGGCUUGAGAGACGGACACAUCUCCUCUUUGAAUUUCUGGAGUGGUUCUAUUGCUUGAUUUUAUCGAAGCAGAAAUGUUUUGAGUGACAUUAUGAAGGCUCCUUUGGAAAAGUGACUGGAUCCCUUUGAAUUGCGCAUUUGAACGCCAGUGAUGUAAAUGUGCCUGU